AUGGGAGGACACGACUCUGACGCGACCCUCCUGCUGUCCUCCUCGCUGGAGCUCGGUGGCAGCAGAGAGGACGAAGAGGGAGACGAAGGAAAGGGACUGGAGCCCCAGAGGCGCGAAGGGGCGAGGCCGUGCGGGCAGGAGGCGCGCGCGGAAAGGAGAGAGGCGAGGGAGCGAGGAGAAAACCGCGAAGGAGGCAGGCGCCGCUGCGCCGAGGAGGAAGGGAACGUACAUGCGAAAAGACCAGAAAGAGCGCCUUUUCAGAGUCGCGCAGGGCACGCAAGAAACGGCCGAGUCGAGGAGGACAGCCGGUGCGGAGACGCACGAAGCGAGGCUCCAACGCAGGACGGAAAGCAUUCAGCCUCUGAAAAGUGGCGCAGAGGGACUCAACGAGAUGAAAAGACUUUUGCGCGGGGCUCCCUUCACACACUCGGCAGGGGGGAGUUGGGCAACGUGAACAAAGGAGGAGGACCAGGAUCGGUUGAUGAGGACGCGGAGCCCGACAGAGAAGACGCCCAGUCGCCCGCGGCGCGAGUGUGCGGCGGUGGAAAAAGCAUCGCGGCGGGCAUCCGAUCAAAACAAACCGAGCGGCAGAAGACACAGAAGGAGAGCCCCAGGCGCAUGCAACAGGCCGCCCUCGACGAAUCUCUGUUGUUGCCUUCGCUUUCUCCUCUCGCCUUCCGUCGCCGCUCCCUCCCUUCCUCACCGUCUCCCUGCACUUCGCUAGCGUCUUCGCGAAGCGCGUCGAGGCGCUGGAGGCCGAGAGGUUCGCCGCGACGGUCUCAGCAGGGACAGCGAGGCGAAGGCGGCGCGAGGGAAGAAGGGUCAGGCUCCUCCCUCUGCACCGACAGCGACGCUCACUCAUGUCUCCGGUGCUCCUGCUGCGGCCGCAGAGCGACCGCGGAGGAGGCGCAUGCGUACGGCUUUGUCCUUUCGGUCUCCUCGUCCGUGUCUUCGAGUGAGAGCGACGACAGUGGAGAGGCGCGCGCGGGGAGGCGGGCAGCUGCGGAGGGUCGCGAGAGUGCAGCGAGCGCAGACAGCCUGAGGCGGCUGAGGACGGAUCUCUCCCCCUCGAGGCGAAAAAGCAGAGAGGAAGAUACAUCUGGAGACCGACCGCGGGAAAGAGAAGCGCCUGAGGCGCCUGGCGGAGAGGGCGCAGGGGGCUCCGACGUGUCCCCACCGCGGUCGUUGGGCGAGAAAGCGACAGGUCCCAAGCUCCCUUCCGGAAGCGGCAGACGCAGACCCGACUCUACCUUCUCGGCGGGGGCAGCGGAAGCCAGGGGCGCAGGGCUCUCGCGCUGCCUCUCAACGUUGCUAGGAAGACGGGGAAGGAGCGAGACAGGCCGGAGGGAGGCGAGAGCUGCGCUAGCGCCGCCGGAGAAAGGACCUGCUUCUCCGAAGGCUGCCUUACUCUGUGGUUGCGGCCUCUCCGCAAGCUGCCUGGAUGCGCGGCAGAGCUCCGCCGCCGCCAACUCCCCUGGAAAGCAGCGGCGUGGUCGGGCGUCGUCGUUGCGCGCGUGUUCCGUCUCUCUUUUCUCUUCCUCUUCCGCUUGCGGCCGCGUCUCCUCAGCUUCGGUUCCUCCUAGUCUCAACGAGCCUCUUUCUCUCGCGGCGAAGCCGCCAGGGAGCGCCAGCGGGGGCAUGUCUCAUUCGCCCGUUGCCUCUUCUCUCUUCUUUCCGCCCUCCGCUAAAGGUGAAACGAGGAGGGCGCCGCGGACCCCCCCUUCGAACGCCUCCUCUCUGGGGCAGCCAGACGCACACGUCUCGCCGCUGGUCGCCUCGUCGCUUUCGCUGCGCGAAGCGGCUGAGCAGAAAGAGGUGGCUGACACGGAGAAGAUCGGCGAGGAGACCCCAGCUGCUGGCAGAAAAAAGGCGGGGGAGACGCGUAGAGACAACGGGCGCGGAAACAGGCGUGCGCCUCCCUCCGUCCCGAGCGACGAGCGCCGCGCUCGCGAUGUUGGGAUUCAGAGUGUGGGGUGUUUCCCUCUCAGACCCUCGGGAGCCGAGCCGGGCGGCUUGGCGCCUCGCGCCGCGCCGGACGACAGCUGCUCACGUCGACGCCAGCGGGGCGAAUGGGAAGAAGAACUCGGGGGUGCUCCAUGGUCUCACGACAUCCGCCGCCCCUCUGCCGUUUGGGCUUCGCCCCGCCCUCCCUCCGCUGCUGCGUUUUUUCCCUCCUGGAAGCGUUCCACUCUGCUUCAGGCGUCUCCUCGCCGUCGGCAUUCUUCGUCUCCUCGGUGUGCGGCCUCUGGUUCGUUGACCCGUCCGCUUCCCCCGCUCCUUAGGUCUGUCGGACAUUCGGCUGCGCGCCCCCCCGACGCUGCAUGCGUCCCUGCUCCCUCUGCGGCUCCGCCUGGAUGUUUUCUUCCCUCUCUGUCGGCGGCCUCUUCGGGCGCCACCCUCUUCCCCCCGUGGUUUCCUCAGCUGCACGCCACUGGAGCCUUCUGCGGCAAGCCUCUCGCUCAGGUGCCGGCGCAGGAGGCCUCGCAGGCAGGGCGCGUGCCUACGAGGUCUCCCGGCGCCACAGCGCCUCUGCGCGCUUCGCCUGUCGAGAGCACUUUGCAGGCGUUCUCGCUGCUCGCUUUUCCGCCGCAGUGCGAAGCACCUCGCGCGCCGGUUUCUGGACUUUCGCUCCGCAGCCUCGUUGCCACCGGGCAAGCGGCACCCCGCGGCGUGGAAGGCGCCAAUGAAGACGAGGCGCUCAGCGAGCGAACCGCGGCGCUGGGUGGCGGCGUGUGGCGCCGCACGCGCAGCGAGGGAGAUAAGAACGCAGGCGAAAGGCGCGAAGGCAGGCGAGGCUGGAGGUGCGACGAAGAGAUCGCGCAUGCGCAGUUUUGGGGGGGAUGGGGUGUCUCUCCUCUUUUUGCCGAGGAGCGACGCGAGCCAGUCGCAGCCGAAGCGAGGAAACGGCUGAACGGGGAGGUGGAGGGAUGCAGCGCGUACGCACCUUGGAGCCGCAAGGAGGCGUCUGCGCGGCGCAGCGAAGGGAGCCUGGGGACGCGCCAGGAGAUCAGUUUUUCUGCGCGAGACGGCGGCUCGUCGGCUGACUCGAACUUUCUGUCUCUUCGCCGAUUUCUCCUCGACCAGAAGACUGAGGAACUGCGGCGGCAGCUGCUGGCGCUAGACCAGAUCGAGGAGACGGAGGCGAAGAAGCGGGAGGCGCGCGAAAGGCGCGAGCAGAGCCUGCGGGCGUCGCUUCAGAGUCUGAAGAAGAAGUACAGAGGCCUCGUUGGCGACUUCGCCUUCAACCUCCAGCUGCUGCGCGCGCGCGACGAAGAGCUCGAGCGCACCGAGCGAUUCGCCCUAGACCUCCACAGGGAGCUCAAAAAGCGCGAGAGAGAGCUAGAAGAAGAAACGAAGCAGAGGGCGGAGCAAAAGCGCGACCGCGAGCAAGAGGAACUGGCGCGAGCGGCCAAGGCGACGGAAGAAAGAGAGCGACAGAGCGAGGCGCUAUCCCACCUGCGCUGGCGACUCUGGGCGCUUUCGCUGCAGCUGGGCAACACCGAGAGAGAGAGGGAGAGAGAAAAGGCUGAUAUGGAGGCGAGGCUCGCGCGACUCAACCAAACGUACGAAGAAGAGCUCCAGACGCAACGCGCUGAGGCGGCGCGCAGGCGGGAGCUGGAACUAAAAAAGGCGGAGAAGAACGCGAGGCACAACCUCGACGACCUCGUGAGGAAACUCGAGGAAAGCGAAGGCAAAAGACGUGCCCUGGAGCAGAAGCUCUGGCAUAGCGACGACGAAAAGCAGGCGCUGGAGACGCGGGAAAAAGAAAACCUUGUCGCAAUCUCGCUCCUGGAGGAAGAAGUCUCGCACUUGAGAGCCGAAAAGGAGCACGCGGAGCGGUCGGGACAAAAUGUGGCGGCGGAAGGCGAAAAGCAAAUCCAAGAUUUGAAGAGACAGCAUGCGCAAGAAAUCGACCAACUCAAACGUCAGCUUGCGGAGCAGAAGGCACACGGCUUGGCGGCUCCAGCAGAGGUUCAGAAGCGCCACACAGAGCUCCUCGAGCGGCAGCGGGAGCAAGAGCGACUCAGUCUGCGAACUUCGCAGAGCUGGGAGCACCGGCUGGCGCGCGCGCAGCAGGAAACGCGCGAAGCCUUGCAGGGGGAGUUCGAGCGCGAGCGGGACCGUUUCCUGCAGCAGAACAAGGCGGCAGCGGACGCCCGCGGCGAGCUCGAGCGCCAGCUGCAAGAGGCGCGCGAAAAACUGUCUCAGCGAGAGUGGGAGCUGAGCAUGGCGGAGGGUCGCUUCCUCGCGGCCGAGGCGCUCCAGCAGCUGCCGCUGCUGCAUGGAGGCAAAUCCCUUGGGGGCGAGUUCGCGUCAAUCGGCGCGAGGGAAGCGAGCGGGUUCGUCGCGGCGUCGCCCGCUCAAGGCUGCCCGCUCCUCGAUGGGGCGGCGAAGCGCGCGACUUCUGCGCCGAUGCUCCUCGACGAGGCUCCGCUCUCCGUCGCACGAGCUCCGUUUUCCUCCCCGACGCCGCAGAGAGCAGACGCGCGACGCGAAAAUACGCCUCUUGUCCGCGCAGAGUCGGCGCUUCGAGAGCCAACCCAGGGGGCGACUGGUGGUGCAUCGCUUUCGGCGCCCCAAGGCGAGCCGAAAGCCGCGCAAGGAGCUCUGUUCCCCGGAGACCUGGGCACGAUUCAUCUUAGUCCUCUGCAGCUCUCGCCUUUGUUCUGCGGCACGGACUUCGGCACUGCCGUCUCGCCGCACCCGUCUCCGGGGGGCGGGCCUUCUGGCACUGCGUCCUCUUCGUCGUCUGCCGCCUCCUCUUGGCCUCGCCCUCUCCAGGCGGCUGCGGCUUCCGGACGGCUGGUGUCUCCCCGUUUCGGCGACGCAUCAGAAGCGCGGCAGCGCUUGAGGCCGCUACUGGACAGCGCCUGGCGGCUGCUCGCCGAAACGAAGGAGCCCGCAGAAAGAGAUGAGCAAGCGGGCUGCGGUCGCAGAGGCAAAGGCCCAGAGAAACGAAGCCGGGCGAGCGCCGCAGGAGACGCAAAGAGAGACAAGGCCGAGACAGCGGAAAGCCGCAGGCGGACGCCUUCUCCCGCGUGGAGAGGAGCCACGCAGAGAGAUCGCCGACGUCUAUCGGAGGGAGACACGGGCGUCAAAGAGGAGGAGCUUGUCGCAGUUCUUCACGCUCUGCUAGGUGCGUUGCGAGAGCUCGACACCUCGCGACGGCGCGCGCAGAGGCAACUGCUGGCCGUUGCGGAAGCCAAGGCGACUCUGCAGAAGGAGCGCGAGCAACUGAUGGAGAUCACCAACCGCCAGCGGAGCAGCCUGCACCGUCUUCUCGAUUCGCCUUCGUCUUCUGCAAGUCUCGCGCCUGGAGACGCCUCCAGUGCAGGGGUAGAAGGCUUGCGAGGCAAGGAGAGGUUGAGUGUGAAAUUUUGCGAGACGCGAGAGCGCGUGGGCGUGCAGGGCGGCGCAGGUGCGGGAGCCAACCGGGACGGCGCUGGCCUCCGGGUCGCGGAGCAGAAAGGCUGCGAGCACGACGGCGGGAAAGCAGGACACGGUCUCCGCGGUUGCAGCGGCGUAGACCCUCCGCGCGGCGGUCAACGUGGGCAGGAGGGCGCAGGCGGAAUGCAGUCAGAGGGCCUUGCCCUCCAAGUCGCUGGAGCCCCUGCGUUUUUCUCGUUUCAGCGCAAAAACGAGCCUGUGAAAGGGCGACGAGGGCGCAGCUCGUCCGUCGGCCGAAGGUGGGCGCAGGCGCGAGCGUCCAGCAGCGAAGACUUUCACCCGAGGUCCCUUCCGUUUCUCCCAGCUCUGCCGCCGACCAAGAAGGCCAGGGACUUAGAGGCUUUGGGGGCCCAGGCGCGGGGGUCAAGCCCGUCAGGUGAGGCUCGAGGCUGCGUGUCCGCGCGACGUGACGGAAGGCGGCACCAGCCAGUUUCGGUGUCUCGAAAAGAAGCGGCUUCCAUGGAGUUUAGGGCUCGAAGUGAGGAGACUUCAGGGCAGCGACUCGCUAGUGGCCGCGCGUCUGCCCCAGUGACCAACGCGCCGCUCCUGUGGAUUGUUCGGCGGCGACAGACGGAGGAGGCUGGAAAGAGCAAAGUAGAGGAAUAUGGUUAG